AUGCAUCAGUACCAUCAAUGUUUCGCAAUGACAAUAUUUUGUAUUCAAACUCUGAAUAAAUCUACUAAAUUAAUUAAGGCGGCGAUAUCUUCAUUAAAAUCUGCAAUAAACUGCAGUUCCAUCUUAUUGAUAAUUCUUGUAUACACGAGUCAUAUCCGAAUAUUAAAGAAAAGAGACUAA